GGCCCAUACAGGCCACAGUAUGGAGUUAAAUGUCGCGUCCGGCAUACCCGACUUUACCUAUAUGUCUGGUUUACACCACCCUUCUGCUCGAGGGGUCGAAGAACGAUAACCCUCCCUCGGCCGGCGGAAUUUCCGAGUGGUUGGAUCCACUUCAUUAACAAAACGGUUUGCGGAUACUGGUGGUAUAGCGCACCCGUGCACGCAACGGCAUUGGACCGUUCGCUUUGCCAAUGUCCAAGCGAGUGGGCUAAGACGGCUGACAGGUGGGCUACGAACAGACUGGCCCAAUUAUGGGCUACCUCAAUAAUGGCAUAGAACGCCGUUGUAACAGAGUGAUUCGCGUUGAAGAUCGCACCCCGUUACAGGGAAAUUAGACCUGAGGCGCGGGACACCUCGGUAUGUGGGAACUUUGCCCUCUUUUGAGGCUUCCCCCGCUGUUUGAAUCCGCAAAGUAGUUGAUCUUUUGGCACAUCGCAAUUAUCUUUGCAAAAUGGUUUCUGUUCCAACUAUUGUCCUGGUUCCUGGGGCGUGGUGCACCCCGAUUGUCUAUGAUGCUCUGCGUGCUACUCUAACCUCGCGUGGUUUACCUUCGACGGCCAUUGCCCACCCCUCCAUCGGUGCGGAGCCACCCUCGAAGACUCUGGCCGAUGAUGUUGCCCACUUGCGGUCCGAGCUAGUCUCGAUGAUCGACAAGGGGAAAGACAUCAUCUUAGUGCUACAUUCAUACGGUGGAGUUGUCGGGUCCGGGGCGGUCGAAAGGUUGGGCAAAGCAGAACGCGCGCAACAGGGGAAGUCGGGUGGAGUUGUCAUGGUCGUGUACAUGAGUGCGUUUGCCAUACCAAAGGGGAAGAGUCUCCUGGAUAUGCUGGGAGGCCAGUUCUUGCCGUUCAUGAAGGCAGAGGGUGAUUACGUGCACUGCCUUGAAGGACCUGAAUACGGUUUCCACGACAUCCCACCUGUCGACCAAGAACUAUGGACAUCCCGGUUGACGCACACUUCUAUUGCGGUAUUCUCCGGUGUCUCGACCUUUGAGCCUUGGCAUGUCAUGCCGACCGCCUAUAUCAUCUGCGAAGAAGAUCGGGCACUUCCGCCACAUGUGCAGAAGCAGAUGGCAGAAAUGCUGAACACGAAGUGGAUCUAUCAGUUAAAGAGCUCCCAUUCGCCGUAUCUGAGCAUGCCAGACAAGGUGGCGGAUAUUCUGGAGGAACUCUCGGGCAAGGCUUUGACUAGUGGUGCGGGAAUAUCCGCCAAUUUGUGA